AAAGCUACAGGUUGGCCAAUGGGAUGGCAGUGCGGUUUCCACUCCCUUCUCGGUUUAAAGGCUGAGGGGAGUGGAGCCCAGUUGUGUGCGAACACAAUCUAGCAUCUGCACUUGAUAACGCCACUGGAACCCGAUCCAGACUUCGCUUCAUUCUUAUUUCCCAUUGUCCAGCUUCCCAUCUACAGACAAUGACUGUUCACGCGGCAUUUGAAAAUGCUGGCAAAAAGCCAGGCCUUGCCGUAUGGAGGAUCGAGAAAAUGAACCCCGUACCAGUUCCUGAAACACUGCACGGGAAUUUCUACACUGGUGAUGUCUACAUCCUACUCCACACCAGUCCCGACUUUGCUCAUAGUAUCCAUAUGUGGCUGGGAAAACUUUGCAGUAAUGAUGAAUCUGGGUCUGCUGCCAUUUUCUGUGUCCAACUUGAUGACAGCCUCAGUGGUGCUCCCGUGCAGCACAGGGAAGCACAAGGCAAUGAGACGAGCAAGUUCUUGGGCUACUUUAAGAAUGGAGUUAUAUACAAGGAAGGAGGAGUCGCGUCUGGGUUCAACCAUGCCGUCACCAACGAUGUCAGCGCGAAAAGACUGCUGCACGUGAAAGGCAGACGGAAUAUACGAGCCGUUGAAGUGGACUUUGACUGGUCCAGCUUCAACAAUGAAGACUGCUUUAUCAUUGACUCCGGAGCAAUCAUCUAUCAGUGGAAUGGAUCAAAAUGCAAUGGUCUGGAGAAGAUUAAAAGCUGUCAGCUUGCUAAUGGUAUCCGUGAUAAUGAGAGGGCAGGACGAUCCAAGGUGCAAGUGGUGGAAGAAGGAUCUGAGCCUCCGGAGCUCAUCGAGUUACUGGGCCCCAAACCAACCAUUCCACCUGCAAAGGUUGAUGAUAAAGCUGCUGAUGACAUCAGCGUGAAAAAAGCCAAACUCUACAUGGUCUCUGACGCUUCUGGGGAGUUGACUUUGACCGAGGUGGCUUCCGAAAACCCAUUUAAAAUGGCCAUACUGUCCACUGAUGAAUGUUACAUCCUGGACCAUGCAUUAGGUGGCUAUAUAUUUCUGUGGAAAGGAAAAGGUGCCAGCAAGUCUGAAAGGAAGUAUGGAUUUACAACGUGCGAAUUCUUCAUAAACACAUACAAUUAUUCCAAAGAUGUAAAGACUCAAAUAUUUGCAGAAAAUGGCGAGUCGCCAAUGUUCACUCAGUUCUUUUCGGACUGGAAGACUGUUGGCCAAACUGAAGGCCUCGGAAAGGUAUAUACCAUUGGCACUGUUGCCAAAAUCGAGUACGUUCCCUUCGAUGUCAAAGCACUUCACAAGACCCCAGCCAUGGCGGCUCAACACAACAUGGUGGACGAUGGGUCGGGCAAUGUCAAGAUCUGGCGGAUUGAGGGGGGCGCGAAAGUGCAAGUUGACUCUAAAUCCUAUGGACAGUUCUAUGGUGGAGACUGCUACAUUAUCCUGUACUCCUACAAAUUGGGUAGUAAACAGCAGCAGGUCAUUUACACUUGGCAAGGCACCAAAGCCACACAAGACGAGCUGGGAACAUCGGCCAUCCUCACAGUUGCCCUUGACCAAGAAAUGAACGAUUUGCCCGUCCAGGUGCGGGUGAGCCAGGGUCAGGAGCCUCCUCAUCUGAUGAGCCUGUUUAAAGAGAAACCGCUAAUUGUGCACCUUGGAGGAACAUCCAGGAAGGGAGCUCAGACCGCCGCUGCGGACAUUCGGCUUUUCCACAUCAGGAUUAGCUCAACAGGGGCUACCAGAGCUGUCGAGGUGAUCAGCAGCGCCCAGUCCCUGAACAGCAACGAUACCUUUGUGCUGAAGACCCCAAAGGAGACCUACAUCUGGAAAGGCGUGGGUGCUAGUGAUGCUGAACUGAAGACCGCCAAGUACGUGGUCAGCGUUCUGGGGGGCAAGCCAACGGAGAUCAAAGAAGGCAAAGAAACAGAUAACUUCUGGAAGGCUCUAGGUGGCAAGAAGGAAUACCAGACCUCCAGAUUGCUGCAGAGUGAAGUGGCCGCUCACCCUAUUCGCUUGUUUGGCUGCUCCAACAAAUCUGGGCUGUUUAGGAUUGAGGAAGUACCAGGGGACUUCACUCAGAGCGAUCUGGCAGUCGAUGAUGUGAUGCUGUUGGAUGCCUGGGAUCAAAUCUUUCUUUGGCUUGGCAAGGAAGCCAAUGACGUGGAGAAGACAGAAGCCACGACAUGCGCAACAAAAUACUUGGAAGCUGAUCCAGCGGGAAGAGACACUGGGACUCCCAUUGUUACGGUGAAACAAGGACACGAGCCGCCAACAUUCACUGGCUGGUUCCUCGCUUGGGACCAAAACAUGUGCAUGAGCCCUGUGCAUGAGGCUUUGGCUAAGAUCCUGGUGCAGUGAUGAGAGGCGAUUAUAUCGACCCUCACUCAUUUAAAAAAAAAAAAUUAUUCGCAUGUCCUAGCUGCACCGCAUUGAAGCAUUGGGUUUUCUAGUACCAGUAGAAAUUCUGCAACUUAUUCCGCAAUUUCAGGAUACGUGGGUGAAUUAAUAUUUGUUCAUUCGAUUCAGCUUCAACACAAUUUUGAAUAAUGUUGAUAAUACUCACAGUAAUGCACUUUCAAGUUGCCCCUGCUGUUGGUUGGAGCUUGUUUUAAAAUCUACAUCAUGCACACCAAAAAUCAUCUGCUGAAGAACUAGCAACUGAUUCAUCCAGUACACUCGAUCUUUCCAGCGUUGCUGUAUGUCUAACUCUGUCCUUUACAGGACAAAGUCCUUUUAGAUUCACCUUCAUAAGUCAUAGGAGCAGGGUUAGGCCCAUCAGCCUAUCUCUAAUAUCUGAACAGUCUACUCUGCCAUUCAAUCAUGGCUGAUCUAUCUUUCCCUCUUAAUACCAUUCUCCUGCCUUCUCCCCAUAAUCUUUGAAAGCCUUACUAAACGAGAAUCUGUCACGCUCAGCUUUAAAGAUACCCCAAUGACUUGGCUCCCACAGCCGCCUGUGGCAAUGAUGACCACAGAUUCACCACCCACUGGCUAUUAACUCUAGGUGUACCUGAGAUACAGUCGAGCACUUGGUAUCAAUAUCAGGUGCAUGUUUGUGGAUGGCUUGGUUGCAUGCUAAAUAUUGAAGUUGGAGGGGAUGCAACAUUGACAAGUAGUUGCUUUUGCACAAAUGAAUAUAACUUUGCACUGCAUUAUAAAAUCCCAAAGACUACUCUGAACCCAGAAUUGUGGCCUUGUGUGUUGAAACCAAAUUUCUUACCUUAUGUGGGAGGGAGGGUCGUGCUUGAGUGAUGAGAUGGUGUUGGAGUGUCUGUUGCCUCCUUCACUGAGGUGAUGUUACGGCCAACUGGCUUUCACGUUUUUGUUGCAUUUUCAGUUUUUUGCAGAAAGCAGGGACAUUAUCGGGUUGAAUUUUAUGUGAAAAUGCUUGGCUCAGAUUAAAUACUUGGUUUAUUCUUGCAUUGGAGUCUUAAUAAAAUCUUUUUAUUUGGAA